AUGGGUUUCGAAGAUGGCAAUCUAGCGGUUCGGGAGCUCAGCUCCCAGCGCUACAAGGACCGCGAUGAGAAGGAUAUGGCUAGAGUUGGCAAGAGGCAGCGCUUCGAGCUUCCUGUCCAUGUUGGGGUUUACCACAACGAUGAUGUGUACUUGGGAGGCGGUACUCUUGUAAGCUCGAUUGAUUAUGACCUUGAAAGUUUGCUUAAAGCUUAUCAAAUGGACAGCUGUAAUGCAAUCGCAAUGGCUGAUGGUGGCUCUGCUACUCUCGUCUACGGUUAUAUUUUCUGCUGGAUAGGUGCUUUGGUGACCGCGGCCUCACUAGCCGAGAUGGCCUCCAUGGUUCCUGCUUCAUCCGGUCAAUAUCACUGGGUAUCAAUGCUAGCUCCCAAGGGUCAGGCUGUGUUCCUGAGUUGGGUGACCGGCUGGCUAGACUUGAUCGGAUGGUGGGCUAACACCGCCGUGGGAGUUUAUUUCGGUGCCACCGUUACCCAGGGUCUUCUUGUUCUGAACUAUCCCGAUUACGGCUACGAGAGGUGGCAUGGAACCCUGCUGUGUUUUGCAUGGCUAGUUGUCUGUGUACUUGUCAAUUCUGUAGGGGCAAAGCUUCUUCCCAAGAUAGAAGGGCUUAUUUUUAUCCUUCACGUCAUGGGCUUCUUCGCAGUUCUGAUCCCUCUUACCUAUUUGGCACCUCACAAAGAUGCGUCUUAUGUCUUUGCUACAUUCACGAAUGAUUCUGGAUGGUCAAGCGCCGGGUUAACUUGGUUCAUUGGACUGAUGGGAACCAAUCUCCCAUUUAUUGGUUAUGAUGGUCCCUGUCACAUGGCUGAGGAAGUUGUCAAUGCCUCUAUCGCUGUGCCCUGGUGUAUGAUCGCUACCAUCAUAAUAAAUGGUACCCUUGGGUUCGCCAUCGUUGUCGCUUUCCUUUUCUGCAUCGGCGAUGUGGACGCUGCCCUUAGCUCCGCUACUGGGUACAGUUACAUCGAAGUCUUUUACGCCGCCACUAACUCUCACGCCGGAGCCUCGGUGAUGGCUGCCAUCCCAGCGGCGCUCGUUAUCUGCGCAUCCUUUGGAUUCUUGGCUUCUUCCUCUCGUCUCACCUGGGCAUUUGCGCGAGACAAGGGUGUUCCGUUCUCAGACUUUUUCGCUCACGUCUCUCACCUGAAAAUAACCGGUACCGCCCUCCCAAUCCGCGCCGUCGUUCUCUGUGCCGUCAUCACAGGCAUUAUUUGUAUCAUCAACAUUCCAUCCAGUGCUGCGUUCAACGCUAUGAUUUCGUUGACUACAGCCGGUCUUUUUGCCUCGUACGAAAUUGCCAUCGUUCUUAUGUUCUUGAAGAAAAUCAAGGGGGAGCCGGUCAACUACGGCCCCUGGAGACUUGGGCGAUGGGGUAUCCCUAUCAAUGUGGCAGCCAUUUCCUUCCUUACAAUCGCCAUCUUCUUCUCUUUCUUUCCCCAGGGACUGCCUGUUACUCCAGUCAACAUGAACUGGUCGGCCGUCGUGUUUUCUGGAGAGUUCUUCCUUGGACUCGGUUGGUAUCUAAUCUAUGGGAGAAAGGUGUACAAUGGGCCUAUCAUUGAGGUUGGAGCUGGUGCGGUAAGCGCCGAGGAACAGUUUACUACAUCUUCUCAAGAGUAA